AUGGUGGCCGUCAAGGUGAUCGGCGAGUCGUUUUCGCUGCUGCUUGGGUGCGAAGCCAAGUCGGCGUUCGAGUUUUCCAACAACCCGAUUGCGGGUCUCAUGGUGGGCGUGGUGGCGACGGCGCUGCUGCACUCGUCCAGCACGGUCACGUCCGUGACGGUGGCGCUGGUGGGUGCCAAGGGACUGACGGUUCGCCAGGGGGUGCCCAUCGUGAUGGGGGCCAACGUCGGCACGUGCAUCACGUGCAUCAUGGUGGCGUUUGCACAGGUGGGAAAGCGCGAACAGUUCGAGCGAGCCAUGGCAGCGGCCACCGUGCACGACAUGUACAAUAUCUGGUCGGUCAUCGUGUUGUUCCCGAUCGAGUUGCUCUUCCACCCGCUCGAGCUGCUGUCCGUCGCGAUGGCGGGCGGCAAGUCCAGCUUCGACUUCAAGUCGCCGACCGACGCCGUCGUGAACCCGCUCGCCGACCUGAUCGUCAAGUCGGACCGGUCCAUGAUCGAGAAGGUGUCGACGGGCAAAGUCACAUGCGAGAAAGCCGUGUUCCUGCGGUCCGGCAUGUUUUUCGACAGCGUGGUCAAGAACAAGACCAUGUCGAACGCGACGGCGGGCGGCAUCUGCGCAGCGAUCGGGUUCGUCAUGCUCGUCCUGGCAUUGGUGGCGCUCGUGCACAUGUUGUCCAAGCUGUUCCGCGGCCCGACCCAGCACAUCGUGCGCAAGAUGCUCAACUACAACGGGUACCUGAACAUCCUGAUCGGGACCGCCAUCACGUUCAGCGUGCACUCGUCGACGGUCGUCACGUCCAUGUUGACGCCGAUGGCGGGCCUGGACUUGGUCUCGUUGGAGCAGGUGUACCCGAUCGUGAUCGGCGCCAACUUGGGGACGACCGCGACGGCGUUGCUGGCGUCGUGGGUGUCGGGCAAGUCGGACGCGGUGGCGAUUGCUCUCGUGCACUUUUGGUUCAAUGUGUGGGGGAUCUUCCUCUUCUACCCCAUCCCGAUCACGCGGUACCCGAUCCUGCAGUGGGCGCGUCGGUUUGCGUUCUACAGCGCGCGUUGGCCUCCCGUCGCGGUCUGGUUUCUCGUGCUGCUCUUCGUCGUCGUGCCUGGCACCUUCUUGGGACUGACGUUCUUGUUUCAAGGCGAGUCGGUCGCGAUCGUGUUUGGCGUCGUCACGGCCGUCGUCCUCGUCGCGGCCGUCCUCGGGUUUUACUGGUGGUACUUCAAGAAGGGCGGUCGUGCCAAGUGGCAUGCCUUCUUGGAGGCCAAGGGGGACGCGUAUCACGCCAGGGAGGCCGCCAAGAACGGCGCCGCCAACGACCACGUGUAG